UGCAGUUUAGAGAGUCAGUUUCAGCUGAAAUGUCGCCGAAAACAGCCAUUCUCCUGUUGACCGCCUUCGUCUUGGCAACUCUUGUUGUCAGUGAAGAACAUGAAGAAGUUGUUCCCGGAGUUCCCGUCCUGAGAAGAUUCGCAAGGGCUAAUCCACCUGCGUCUGGCACCUGUGGAAAUACUUUCGGACCAAAAUGCGGAGAUUGCCGCACAUUAUUGAGCUGUCUCGGAUCUGAUCCACCAGCCAAUAAGGAGAAUUGUGCCGAGAAGAAUCCCAAGACUCCUUAUUGUGUUGGCAGUGUGUGCUCAGCAACACCGGACAAGAAUGAUCAAACUUGCCAGGAGCCUGCAGCUAAAUUCAGAUGCACUGCAGAGGGAUACUUUCCCAAUCCCAACUCGUGCUCGAGCUACUUCAUCUGUCCAGAUAAAGGAGCCACUGCCGUGGCCUAUAUUUGUCCCCCAAAUUUCAUUUAUAAAUCCAAACUACGAGGAUGUGGAGUGAAAAGCAACGCCAUGGAUUGCGUUACUGUCGACUGCUCGAAGACUCCUAAUCAAUUUGGCGUGUACAAAUCCGACCCCGCUUAUUACUAUUUCUGCCUAUCCAAUAAAAAUGAGAAGGAAACUGUAUUAAUGAGAUGCACGGAUGAAGUCAACGGUCAGUACGAUGAGAAAGUGGGCAAAUGCACUUUCCAAUGCACCAAGGAGGGCAACUUUGUGGAUGUCACAGAUUGCACCAGUUACUAUACUUGCUACAAAGUCGGUGGUGUCUUCCAAGUGGCUAAAGUCAAGUGUCCUGCUGGCUACGCUUUCGAUGCGGGCAAACAAAUGUGCGUGAAGAAGAGUUGCACUCCUCUAGUCACCACUCAAGCACCUGCAACUACAACUGUGCCUGCAUCAACAACUGUGCCGGCCUCAUCAACCGCCCCUACAGGCCCGCCUACAAAUACGCCAACAUCUUCGCCUACGCCUCCAAGUUCUUCAACCACUUCAACGGAUACAGAUUGAAAGUUCUUUUGGAACGAAAAACGCUUGGAAAAUUGACUUGGCAAUAAUGUAAAAUAUCUAAUAAAUACGCAUUUAAAAAAGCAGCAAA